AUGGGUUCUUUAGAAAGGUCCAAAAAGAAAGUGCAGCUGUGGAAGAAAGCCGCCGUCCAUUUCGCACUCUGCUUCGUCAUGGGCUUCUUCACCGGGUUUGCCCCCACGGGCAAGGCCCCAGGGCUCUCUUCUCGCUCAGUCAUUUCAUCGAACAACUCAUCGGCAGAAACCCUCCACUCCCCACCCCAACAGCAUUCAAGUCGAAACCUCAUCUCACAACAACAACAGCAACAACAACAACAACAACCACAACCACAACCACAACCGAGGUCAAGCUCCGGUAUCCAAGACCCGUCAUCACCCGAUUUGAAAACAGAGGAGGAGGUCACGGGGACAGCAGACCUGGGUUCCAAACUGAAACUCACCCCCAGAAGGCUAAUCAUCAUAAUCACGCCCACCAACGCUAGGGAUCCGCACCAAGGGGUGCAUCUCCGGCGCCUGGCGAACACGCUGAGACUGGUUCCGCCGCCACUGCUGUGGGUGGUGGUGGAGCCGUCGGCGGGGAAGAAGAAGGAGCUCUCGGAGAUGCUAAGGUCGACGGGUACGAUGUACAGGCAUCUGGAGUACAGGGAGAAUUUCACGGCGGCGGAGGCGGAGUUGGAGCACCAGCGGAAUUUGGCGUUGAAGCAUCUGGAGCGCCACCGGCUGAGCGGGAUCGUGCAUUUCGCCGGGAUUCACAGUGUCUAUGACCUCGACUUCUUCGACCACCUCCGGGAAACUGAGUAAGGAUGAAUAAAUAAACCUUUUGCUUUAUUUCCUAUUUUCUUUUUUGAUUGUUGUUUGGCUUUGUUUUCACUUUUCACGCGCUGACUGUUGACUGACAAC